CAAGGACUCGAAUCAGUAGCUAUCAAGACGCCGUACGCGAAACAUUACACUGAGUCAUAUUUAAUAAGUAAAUAAAUAAAUAAUAAUGACAGUUAAUAACUUAAGCGUUAAUGAAGAAAAUUUUCAUAUGUUUGCAUGGUGGGCAUCUAUUUUGGUACUGAAAAUUUUUUUCACCGUUGCUUUAGUUGGUUUUUGGAGACAUUACAAAAAAAUUUUUCUGUCACCAGAAGACGCAAAGGCUAUAAAAGGCUCUAAAGUUGUGUACGACGACCCGGAUGUCGAGAGAUGUCGACGAGCGCAUUUAAAUGACUUGGAGAAUAUUUUACCUUGGGUGAUAUCCACGGCCUUAUGGCUUACUACGUCUCCAGAUCCUUCUACCGCGGGAUUUUUAAUAAAAACAUUUGCUAUAAGUCGUAUUAUUCAUACUAUUGUUUACGCGGUUAUUGUUGUAAGACAACCGGCAAGAUUUUUGGCUUUCAUGAUAGGAUUGUCUAUUACUGUUUAUCAAACUUUCGCAACUGUUUAUUAUUACUCUUAAUUUAAAGUAGAAAAAUUAUUAAUUAUUCAUACUGUAUACUGUAGAAAAUCGGGAGUGGAUUCGGAGUGAUUACGGAUUUUUUUAAAAUGCGAAUUCACUCCGUUAUACGGAGUUUUAAAAAAAAAUCAAUUCGCAAAUGGAGUAAAUAGGGAGUUUGUUUUUUCAGCGGAGUGAUUUUGGAGAUAACCCGAAAGUUAGCAGACACUUAGUAAUUUUUUGAUUUUUUUUUUCACCAAAUCAAUUACAAAAAAACAAAAACUAAAAAUAUGCACAUACAGAAAAUUUAAAAAACUUCAGGAGCAAUUUUUUCAUAUAUAUUUUUUUUUUUAAUUUAUUGAUUAAAAAAAAAUUAAAAAAUUAUUAGACGUCGGCUAACUCCGGUAUCAUAUUUUGGAGUGGGUGGAUUUUAUUUAAAUCCGCAUUCACUCGGAUUCGGAGAUUUAGUAUUAAAAUAAAUUCUCUUUCGGAGUAAAUUUCACUCCAGGGGAUUAAAAAAAUAAAUAAUCAUCCGCUCCGCAUUCACUCCGGAUUUAAUCCGCGUUCACUUUGGAAAUUUUUUACCGUGUAACGACUUAAAUUUAUUAUCCCACACGGAAAAAGAUAUAUCCGGAAAUAUAUACCGGCAAAAUAGCAUACAUACGACAAUACUAAAGAUAUAAGCCGGGUAUAUAAUAUUGUGCCGGGAUAUAUAUUUUUUCGUGCGGGAUAUAAACGACCUUUUGUAUCUUUGCAAAAUCAUGGUAAUUAUGUCUGUAAAUCUGAAUAAUUAAACACCUAUACCUUGAAUCAUAAUGAAGUUUUUUAUACAAAAAAAAAAAAAAAAAAUUAGAUUAUUAUCAAAGAAAUAAUAAUCAAAUCUACUCGAUUUUACUCCGAAUAUCCUAUUUGUCCAUAUUUCCCUGCAUACACAAAAUUCCAAAGCAAUAACUUGUAAAAAAUAAAAUUCCUCUACAAUUUCCGUCCGAAAAUUUACUACACAGCAAUAAUUUAAAAAAUGUGUCAUUUUUUUUUAUCAACUCGAAAAAAAAAUUUAUAAACCACUCGUGUAAAGUCUUAUUGAGAAAAAAAUUCAAAUAUAUAUACGAACAUAAAUAACAUUGGUUUAAAAUAUAUCGAAAUUUCCCCUAAUACAAUAUUACUUCUCCCAGCACAAACGUAUGUAAUAUAUUAUAUAUAAUAUACACAUACAUACAUAUAAAUUUACAGAAAACGAAAUAAAAAAGUAUUUUAGCUCAAGAUCUACGAUCUGAGGCGAGAGCAAGUAGGGAUUGAAGAUAAUGCUUUAUAUAUAUGUGCGGCUAAGAGGAAGACUUAUAUCCCGUGACUAUAAUAAUGCAUUUAUAGAAACCACUAUCAGAGACUAAUAUAUCUAUCUAUAUAUAUUAUUUUCCAAUACAUCUAUACAUUCAAUAAAAGUACAUAGAAGAAAUAAA